AUGUCCGGCAUACUAGAGGAUGACGACGCGCCACCGGAUCUUAUCGAUGUCACAGCGCUGCCAUCAGAGGAGCCUUCCUCCGAGGCUGCCGACGAACCAACCAGUCGAGUCCCCAUUACUCUUGUAACAGGAUACUUGGGAGCGGGAAAGACGACACUGUUGAAUUACAUUUUGACGGAGAAGCACGGCAAAAAGAUAGCUGUGAUAAUGAACGAGUUUGGCGACUCCUCGGAUAUCGAGAAGCCCUUGACUGUCAAUGAGGACGGGCAAGAAGUCACUGAAUGGAUGGAAGUUGGCAACGGCUGUAUAUGUUGCUCUGUCAAGGACUCGGGUGUCAUGGCCUUAGAAUCCUUAAUGGAACGCCGUGGUACCUUUGACUACAUCCUGCUAGAGACAACCGGUCUCGCAGAUCCAGGUAACAUAGCGCCAGUGUUUUGGAUGGACGAAGGACUCGGCAGCUCCAUCUACCUCGACGGUAUCGUCACGCUCGUCGACGCGAAAAACAUAUUGAAACUACUCGAUGAACCAUUACCAGAAGAGAAAGUUGAUUCUCACAAACAAUCUGCUAACGCCGACGACAAUUCGUCACCUGAGACAAAGGAAGUGCAAACUCACGAUCACGAUCACGAACAUGGGCACGGCCAAGGACCCAUUCUAUCAAUGGCCCAUAUGCAAAUAUCGCACGCCGACGUGAUAAUCCUCAACAAAGCCGACCUAGUCAUGGACUCUGAGCUUGAAGCCGUCAAGAACAGAAUCUUGUCCAUUAACAGCGUUGCGAAAAUCCAUGUGACUGAUCAUAGCCGAACGCCACAAAUCGAGGGAUUAGUACUCGAUUUGCAUGCGUAUGAUCAUCUCGCGGAUUUAGAUUUCGGGAAGAAGGGCCACAGUCAUAUGGAUCCUGCUAUUUCAACAGUUGCGAUCGUCACUCCACCAAUUCCAGUUGACACGGUCGGAAAAGUGGAUGAGUGGCUCAGAGAGGUUCUUUGGGAGUCCAAACUGCCUAUUGCAGAAAAUGCGGGUUCGGCAUCAUAUCCAGCAGAUUUUGAGAUUCAUCGAUUAAAGGGCAUUUUGGUUUUUCAGGAUGGGUCAAGUAAAAUUAUCCAGGCUGUGAGAGAUGUUUUCGAGAUUCGGGAUUCGGAAAGGCCGAGAGAGGCUCGUGGUGAGGGCGAGGAAGAGAAGGUUCAAUGGCUCUACGGCCUAAUUGCAGCCAAAACAUACCUCCAAGCUGUAGGCACUGACGAAGGAGAAAGAUCCACAGAAUCAACCAUCCCAUCAUGUUUUUCAAACACCAACUACACCUCCAACACCCCCGGGUGCCAUCUACUUGUGUUCGACGCUGCAUCAGACAUCGGAGGAACCUGGGCAGAGGACCGUCUUUACCCUAAUCUUCUGAGUCAAAACUCCUAUGGACUAUAUGAGUUUAGCGAUAUGUCGCUGGCUGAUGCAGUCCCGGAUGAAGAUAAUGCUGGCGAGUCACAGUUUAUUCCUGGGUGGAAGAUCAAUCGAUACCUUCACGCAUGGGUUGCUAAAUGGGGUCUUUCGAAGCAUAUCAAGUUGAAUUCGAAGGUUGUAAGCAUUUCUCGUCUCGAAACGCAAGAGUGGUGUCUUACCGUUGAUGUCCUGGGAGACGAUGGCAACCACAUCAUCAUUCCUGUGAUAUGCGACAAGUUGAUAUUAGCAACGGGUUUGACCUCAGUUCCAAAUAUGCCGAGCAUACACACGACUCAGAACCCCAACCCGAGUGCAACACAUGUUAUUCACGCAAAGGAGAUCGGGGCCUGGUCUCGUACGCACCUGGGCUACCACCCACUGCCUGAGCCCAGUAAACCGACUCAUAAACAAGAAAAUUCAAAUUUACCACGCCCACCAAGCUCAAAAAUUCACACCGUCGUUAUUUAUGGCGGCGCAAAAUCCUCAUUCGAUAUAGUCCACUUCUUCGCAACCCUCCAUCGAAAAGAUCCCACUCUACACCUAAAGUUCACACCCGGUGAUCCCGUCCAAGUACACUGGAUAAUCCGCGAUACAGGCUUAGGUCCAUCAUGGAUGGUCCCUCCUACAUCCUCCCUUCCCAAUGGACAGAUAGUCGCUAGCGACAAAGCAGCUAGUAUAAGAUUCCUCCACCACCUAAGUCCUUGUUCAUACGAGCUGCCCAAACGACUUUCCUUUCGAGUUUUCACCUCAAAAGAAGACUCAUGGUUUGCCCGAAUAUUUCAUGGAAACAUUCUUGGGCGAUGGGCUAUACGUUGGUUCUGGGAAUCGAUCGAUCGGGAACUAGAGGGAUUCGCUCAAUAUGAUGCUGAUAAGAAGAUGCGGAAGCUUAGGCCAUCGAAGAGUAUUAUUUCAUGCGGUGCUAGUGUUGGUAUCGCUAAUCAGCAGAAUCUAUGGGAAGCGAUUAGAUCACCCAAUGUCAAAAUCUACCGGUCAUCAAUCCACUCAAUCAUGGAGCUAGAGCGAGAAGAAGGUAUUCAAUUAAUUCAAAAUUCAGGCGCUUCAGUAUCCAUGCUCAAUGGAGAAACAAUUGAGGGUGUCGAUCUUAUUAUCCAUGCAACCGGGUAUCAACCCAUCGUUCCGAUUCGUUUCCAACCACCAAGUCUCAGGCUCCAGCUUGGUCUAUCCGGUACUCUAAGUCAAGAAGACAUAAACAACGAACCAGAGCAGCAUAACAACAGCCCAGUUCAUAUCCCACCAGACCAAGUAUCAAAUGAUCAGUAUAACUACUGGAAAUCCAUCGAUCUCAACCAGAAGGCCACCAUAAAGUCAAGACUACUAUCAGCUGGAUGCAUCCCAAUAGAGGAUGAGACCUCCUCCACAACAAAAAGCGCGACAAUCCCAUAUCGUCUCUUCCGCCGAAUGGUCGUCCCAGAACUAGUCGCAAAAAGAGACCGAUCAUUCAUCGUACUUGGCGUGGUCCUCACUUCUACAAUUGCAGUUGUUGCCGAAAUCCAAGCUCUAUGGGCUACGGCGUUUUUAACUGGGGGGCUGGACAAGGAUACAGCACAAGAGAAUAUCUCCGGACCGCCUGGAUCAAUUGAUCUAAAGACUUUUCCGAGGGAGGAUAUGGAGCAAAAUAUUGCCGAAGAUUUUGUUCUUCGAUCGCUUACCGGUAGUGGUUUAGAGGUUGAUGCUAUCGAUUACAAUGAUUCACUUUUGCGCGACCUGGGGCUGAACCCUUAUCGUCUGGGAGGAGGUUUAUUGAGAGAGCUCAUCGGUGUUUAUGAGCCGCAUGUGUAUGCUGGGAUUGUUGAAGAAUGGCUUAUUCGUCGAGAGUUCUUGGAGUUGUCUUCUUUGACUUGA